GGACCUGCGACAAAAGCUAGAUUCAUACCGUCAGACCCAAAAAGUACGCAUCUUGGCGUUGGUGUAGUGCACCUGUACCGCGACGUGGAGGAGACGCCGGGGCUGUACGACGAUGGCCCACCUCCACCAGCCACAAAGAGCUUGGGAGCAGGAUUAGGAGCAGGGGAUUCGAAAUCAACAUUUGACGAAAAGGAUUGCACGACAUUAUGCAUUCUCGCUGUGCCAUCGUACCUGUCGCCUUCCGACUUUAUGGGUUUUGUAGGCGAAAAGACACGCGAGGAAGUCAGUCAUUUCCGCAUGAUCCGGACGGAGCGCACGAAUCGCUAUAUGGUGUUGAUGAAGUUUCGAGAGGCGCGUAAAGCAAGAGCAUGGCGAAAGGAAUGGAAUGGCAAAGCCUUUGACAGUAUGGGGCCGGAAACAUGUCACGUCGUUUUUAUCAAGUCGAUUCAUUUCCAAACGCCAGAUGGAUCAAGCGAUCCCGUUAAGCCCGUGGCACCACCCACGCCAUCUCUCGUGGAGUUGCCAACAUGUCCCGUCUGUUUGGAGCGGAUGGAUGAGACGACUGGCUUACUCACGAUUGUUUGCCAGCACGUUUUUCACUGCGAAUGUCUGCAUAAAUGGCGCGGCAGCGGAUGUCCCAUAUGUCGGUAUACGCAGGGCCAAGGACUCUAUGGAGCUGAUGGCUCCUCUAGUGUACUCCACAAAGAGGAUAUAGUCAAAGAAUGUAGCGUCUGUGCAUCCGAUACUAAUUUAUGGAUAUGUUUAAUAUGCGGAAACGUUGGGUGCGGGCGCUACGACGAAGCCCAUGCCUUUGCCCACUACACUGCCACUUCGCACUCCUAUGCCAUGGACCUCGUCACCCAGCGCGUCUGGGACUACGCUGGGGACGGCUACGUCCAUCGACUCAUCCACAACACGCCUGACGGAAAAUUCGUCGACCUACAUUCCUCCACAUCAUUGUACAACUCCGACUAUCCUCUCGACUAUACAUAUUCCUCCUCUGACAAUUUACUUCUUUCCUCUUCUCGCGCUGAUGCCGACAAUAAACUCAAAACACACCUCGACUCAAUGGGCAUGGAAUACACCCACCUGCUUACAUGCCAACUCGAGUCCCAGCGGGCAUAUUUUGAAGAAAAGCUCGUCCGGGCCGCCGACAAGGCCUCGCACGCUUCUGCUACUGCCGAAUCCGCUCUCACCGCCUCCUCUCGCGCCCAGGCUGACCUCGCCGACCUCCAGGCGGCGUAUGAUCGCCUCACAACCGAUACGAUUCCAACCCUGGAGCGCGAUAAGAUGCGUGCAGAAAACCGCGCGGACAAGUUCGAACGCACUGCCAGAUUCCUCGAGAAGGAGUAUAAAGAGGAAAAAGCCAUAAACGAAAGUCUUCUCGAGCGAAUAAAGUUUAUGGAAUCACAACUAUCUACCCUGCGGGGAGAAAAUGAAGAUCUAAAGGAGUUGAAUAGAGAUUUGGGAUUCUAUUUGUCUGCCGGGGAGAAACUG